GCCCGCGAGGAAGGAACGGCCGGGGAGGAGGAGCUGGCGGCCGUCACCGGGAAGCUUGAGCCGCCUCGCGCCCCUGCAGCGCCCUCGCCAUGAAGCCCAACUUCUCCCUGCGACUGCGGAUCUUCAACCUCAACUGCUGGGGCAUUCCCUACUUGAGCAAACACCGGACCGACCGCAUGAAGCGCCUGGGAGACUUUCUGAACAAGGAGAGCUUCGACCUGGCUCUACUGGAGGAGGUGUGGAGUGAGCAGGACUUCCAGUACCUGAGACAGAAGCUGUCGCCUACCUACCCAGCUGCACACCACUUCCGCAGCGGAAUCAUUGGCAGUGGCCUCUGUGUCUUCUCCAAACACCCAAUCCAGGAGCUCACCCAGCACGUCUACACUCUCAAUGGCUACCCCUACAUGAUCCAUCAUGGUGACUGGUUCAGUGGGAAAGCUGUGGGGCUGCUGGUGCUCCAUCUAAGGGGAGUGGUGCUCAACGCCUAUGUGACCCAUCUCCAUGCCGAAUACAAUAGACGAAAGGACAUCUACCUAGCACAUCGUGUGGCCCAAGUUUGGGAACUGGCCCAGUUCAUCCAGUGUGGAAGAGCUGUGAGGGAAGAACUCCUGCCUCACCAGCCUGGUUCCCCCAGCCACACAUCCAAGAAGGCAGACGUGGUUCUGUUGUGUGGAGACCUCAACAUGCACCCAGAAGACCUGGGCUGCUGCCUGCUGAAGGAGUGGACAGGGCUUCGUGAUGCCUACCUUGAGACUCAGGACUUCAAGGGUUCUGAAGAAGGCAGCACAAUGGUGCCCAAGAACUGCUACGUCAACCAGCAGGAGCUGAAGCCGUUUCCCUUUGGCAUCCGUAUUGACUACGUGCUUUACAAGGCAGUUUCUGGGUUUUACAUCUACUGUAAGAGUCUUGAAACCACUACAGGCUACGACCCUCACAGUGGCACCCCCCUCUCUGAUCAUGAAGCCCUGAUGGCUACGCUGUGUGUGAGGCAAAGCCCCCCACAGCAGAACCCCAGCUCUACCCACGGUCCAGCAGAGAGGUUGCCCUUGAUGCGUGUGCUAAGGGAGGCCUGGACGGAGCUGGGUCUGGGCAUGUCUCAGGCUCGCUGGUGGGCUGACUUCGCUAGCUAUGUGAUUGGCCUGGGGCUGCUUCUCCUGGCAUUGCUAUGUGUCCUGGUGGCUGGAGGAGUGGCCAGGGAAGCUGCCAUACUGCUCUGGACCCCCAGUGUAGGACUGGUGCUGUGGGCAGGUGCAUUCUACCUUUUCCAUGUGCAGGAGGCCAAUGGCUUAUAUAGGGCCCAGGCUGAGCUCCAGCAUGUGCUCGGAAGGGCACGGGAGGCCCAGGACCUGGGCCCAGAGCCUCAGCCAGCCCUACUCCUGGGGCAGCAGGAGUGGAACAAUAAAGAACAAUAAAGCUUGGCACUU